CAGGCUCCACGUCCACCAUGCAGCCUUCCCGAGCCUGGAUGGGCCCGCCCAAGUACGCCGAGAUGCCCAAACACCCCAUCCACAUCCACCCGCCCAGGCCCUUUUACCGCUUCAUGGCCACUGGCCUCGGCGCCUCCAUGUGGUUCUUCUUGAUGUACCGCGCAAAGAAGGACGGCCCGGCCCUGCUUGGCUGGAAGCACCCAUGGGAGCACUGAAGGAUGGUGAGAGAAGAAAUCAGAACGGAAGGUGUUGGGGUGAAUUGAGAAUCGAGUCCAGACAUGCAGUCACUGUAUGGCUCAAGCAAUGACAGCGCCAAGACAUUAAAUCAAACAACGUCAAAUAUCCAUUCGCCUCCCAGUUCCUAGUGGUGUUCCUUUCUCUCAAGGAUGCUACUACUCAGCCCACUCCAACCACCGUCAAGACAUAUUCUCACAUCAACGCCCCCCCAACAACACCCAAGUCCCUCCUCUACCCCAACACUCCAUUAGAAACAGAUAUAUCCCAAUCAACGCGCUACAAGAGUAACC